UUCUCCCACAUCCAGAUCACAGAGCGCUUGCCAAACUGCUGCAUUCGGACAACAGGGACGUGGAGCGGAGCCCCUGGGGUUCAGACGGGAAUUGAGACUCGCCGCCCUGUCCCCAGCUGGGACGGGUGACGCUGUGGCUGGGGUUUACACGAGAGCCCACGCUCUGCCCCGUCAGCCUCCCGUCUGCAGCGCUGGGAAGGUCGGUGUGCAGCGGGGAGGGGAGGGGAGCAGACCCAUGAAGCUACUCCAGGCCAGAGUGCACGGCACGGAGGAGAGCUGCCCAGGGUGAGCCAAGUGUGUCUCCUCCGAGCGUUGGACUUGGGCUCAAGACGAAAGGAUCGCAUCUGGGACAGUGUUGCCCAGGCCUUGCUGGUGACAAAGAAGAGAAGAAGUGCGGAGCUGGAGUCAGGCAGCGCUCUGCAUGCCCGUGGGACCGGCUGGCGAAGGCAGAUGCUGCCCAGGGAAGGGGCAGAGCUGUAGAAAAAUGCCCCGAGGAGCCGCCGGGACGGUGCUGCUGGCGAUUCUGACCGUUUCGCUGAGCUUUGCCGAUGACGAGCUGCUCUGCGCCUGCGACGUGCCGCACUGCAACGUCUCCACCUGCUCGGGGAAGGUGUGCUUCGUCAGCAAGAAGAAGGAGGAUGGGAAAAUCACCCAGAACAAGGGCUGCUUCUCGCAGCACCUGCUGGAGAACUGCCGCGGCCCCGUGAUGGAGCACUUCGGCAUGAAGUGCUGCCACGCCAGCAUGUGCAACGCCGACCUGGAGAUCUACCUGCGAGGCGAAGAGGCACCGGGGAAGGCGCCUUCCCUGCCCAGCCUGCUCCUGCUGAUCUUCGUGCCGCUGCUCGCGCUCCUGCUCCUCGCGGCGCUCACGGCGCUCUUCGGCUGGAAGCUGGCCCAGCACCGCCGCGCGGCGGCCCGCAGCCGCGGCGGCGACACCGACCUCAUGCUGAAGACGUCCGUGUUGGGAGACAGCACCCUGGAGGACCUGCUCAGCGACGACUGCACCACGGGCAGCGGCUCGGGGCUGCCCUUCCUCGUGCAGCGCACGGUGGCCCGGCAGAUCGCGCUGGUGGAGUGCGUGGGCAAAGGGCGCUACGGCGAGGUGUGGCGCGGCGUGUGGCACGGGGAGAACGUGGCCGUGAAGAUCUUCUCCUCGCGGGACGAGCAGUCGUGGUUCCGCGAGACGGAGAUCUACAACACGGUGCUGCUGCGGCACGACAACAUCCUGGGUGAGAACCGGCCGGCGGGGACCGGGACCGGGACGGGGACCGGCCACCACCGCCGGCCGCUCCACGCCUCGCUGCUCUCCUGCCCUCCAGGCUUCAUCGCCUCUGACAUGACGUCGAGGAACUCCAGCACCCAGCUGUGGCUCAUCACCCACUACCACGAGCACGGCUCCCUCUACGACUACCUGCAGCGCACGGCCCUGGACAGCGAGACCUGCCUGGGGCUGGCCUCCUCCAUCAUCUGUGGCCUCGUCCACCUGCACGUGGAGAUCUUCGGCACGCAGGGCAAACCCGCCAUCGCCCACCGCGACCUGAAGAGCAGGAACAUCCUGGUGAAGAGCAACAAGCAGUGCUGCAUCGCCGACCUGGGGCUGGCCGUCAUGCACUCGCAGGGCAGCGACUACCUGGACAUCGGCAACAACCCGCGCGUGGGCACCAAGCGCUACAUGGCCCCCGAGGUGCUGAGCGAGCAGAUCCGCACCGACUGCUUCGAGUCCUACAAGAAGACGGACAUCUGGGCCUACGGGCUGGUGCUCUGGGAGAUCGCCCGGCGCACGGCCGUCAACGGCAUCGUGGAGGAGUACCGGCCGCCCUUCUUUGACGUGGUGCCCAGCGACCCCAGCUUCGAGGACAUGAAGAAGGUGGUGUGCGUCGACCAGCAGACCCCCGUGGUGCCCAACCGCCUCUACUCCAACUCGGUUUUGUCGGCCCUCGCCAAGAUCAUGAAGGAGUGCUGGUACCAGAGCCCUUCGGCCCGGCUCACCGCCCUGCGGAUUAAAAAGACGCUCAAGAAGCUCAGCCAUUCCCUGGAAAAGCCCAAACAGGACUAUUGAGCGGCCGCAGGAGGCGGCUCCGGCUGCGCCCCGCUGCGGGGAGCGGCCGCCCGCGGCCCCCCGGCCCUUCCCCGCGCACGCCCCAGCGCCUCCGGGGCUCUUCGGGCUUUUUAAUUUGAAAAGAAAAAGGAAAAAAAAAAAGGCAACUUUUCAAGCCCGUUUAUAAAAAUACCCCCUAGAUCGGUAACCCGACGCAGGCAGCAGGGCCGUGGGGCCGGGGCUCUGCCCGUACCCGGCUCCUGCCGGCGGUGGCGGCAGCAAUUCCCCGGCAGCGCUUGCUCGGGAAGCUCCGUCCGUCCGUCUGUCCCUGCCUCGGCCCGCAGGAGCGCUCGCCGCGGUGCAAAGCUGGCCCAGGCUGCGAGCCCCCUCCGGCCGCCUGGCAGUUCCCGCAGGAUGCUGCCCGCUGCUGCCAGCCCGCGCUCUGCUUCUGAGCCCCUUGGGGGUUUUCCAUGGCGUUUUGGCAUUUUCCAUGGGGUUUUGCUUUUUUUCUCAAGCUAUUCUGGUGCUUUCCAUGCCGCUUUGGUGUUUUCCAAGCUGUCCUGCCGCUUCCCGAGGCAUCCCAGCCCAUGCCGGCGAGCUCGGUGGCUGCCACGGUGCCUGCAGCCCGGCCCGGCGCCUCGGGCCCUGGUGGACGGGGCAAGGGGGGUCGGCAAGCCCAGCCCACGGCCCUACUCUGUAAUUAUUUAAUUAUCAAGAUUUAAUAUAUUUAAUAAAGGCUGAUUUUAUCUCCCA